AUGCAAGCAACAGGAACGCCAUUGUUGCCAACUUUUACACAUAUCGAUCAAUUUCCAAGCACUGAACCAUUUGACAAUGUCAAAGCCGCUUUCAAUAAGCGUAAUUAUGAAGACACGAUUGAACGCGCUUCCAAAGCCAUAACCCAAAUACAGCGGCUGCAGCUCUUGACGGUACUUGACCAUCGCGCUUACGCUUUUGGAAUGAAAAGCAACUUUGAAGCGGCUGUCAAAGAUGCAGAAGCCAUGAUUACCUAUGAAUCCUCCAUUGCGGCUGGGUACCUCCGAUUGGGAAAUUUGUUGUGUAUGCAAGGCAAGUCGGGAAAAGCAGUUGAAAUAUACGGAGAAGCCCUGGAAAAAGUACCUCGGGACAAUCCAGCAUAUUCUCGCUUAUUGGAAUGCAAAACGAUGGCCGACCAAAAAAACGAGCACCGCUUCGAUCUUGUUAGUGCUCUUCCGCUUGGAAUCCUCGAUGAUAUCAUAACAUUGUUGUCAGAAAAAGAAAGGGCGAUGCUUCUGGAUGUCUCAAAGACAUGGCGCGAACGCGUAGCAGCUUGUCCGCUGGCGUGGGCAACUAUAGCCAACAAUAUUGAUAUUGUAUCAGAUGCUAUGACUGUACGUGCAAUACCGUACGUAGUAAAACACAUCAAAAACCUACGAAUCGAUACCCAUGAAGAUGAAAUAUGGCUAAAAUAUCUGAGCCACCUCGAAAAUGGCGACUUUAAGAAGAUCCGAUCAUUGACUUUGACGGAAGCCAUAGUCAGCCAUAUGACGGCGAACAGCAUGAUGUCGUGGACAACCGGUCUAUGGAAAAUGCGAAAUACUUUGACGAAACUGGAACUCGAAUGUCAGAACACAGCUCCGCCACGAUUAUCGGAUAUACUCUUUUACUGCACGCAUUUGAAAACGCUGAUCGUGGGUACAAGAAACUCGCUUGCAGCAAUUCUUGGUGAUCUGGAGUACUUGGGAGAACCGCAUCGUGCACUUAUUGACAUGUCAUUGACGACGGGUUCGACCUCGGGUGAUGCGCUGAAACCACUCGUGAAGUGGUGCCCAAACCUCCGCCGGCUAUUAUUAUACGACAAUUGCACUCCUACUAUUUUGGACGUCGUCUACGAAUACUGUGAAAAUUUGGAGCUAUUUGGAUACAACAUGAACUUUUGCAUUCCGCAACUGAACGAGCUACAUAACGAUAAAUAUCCCAAGGAACCAGGUCUCCGUGGCAUCUACACACCAAAUGGCGACACAGGCGCGCCCAUAAAUAAGUUUAUGCGAUUGGUAUACAAGCAUGCAAGAACACUGGAACGGGUAUAUGCCAAUAUAUGGCCUGGAGAUCGAUAUCACCCCGAUCCGGAUAAUGGCGAACUCAGGUUAGAGCGGCUGGAAGAACUGACGUACUGGGCCGAUGAUCAUGGAGUGUUCGAAACAUUUUUAUUAAAGACGAUUGAGUCAUGCAAGACGCUCAAACUUUUUAACGCGGUGAACUCAUCCAAUGCAUACCAAAUAGCGGAUACCCUGCUGCAUCUUCCACCGAUCGAACGGUUGGACUUUUCAAUUGUUUCCUCAAGGGAGGACGAUGAUGGUAUUCGAAAAAGCGACGGACGUCUUAUGCAAGUGUUUAAAAAGUACGCUGGACUCCCAGAUUCCGAACAAAAGCUGCGGCGCGUCAGACUUUUCAAGAACGAUGCCAUCACGGAUGAUAUCUUGGCUGCACUUGCUGAGCUCAAAACGAUCGAAAGCAUCGAAUUUAACGAAAACUCCAGGGUUACGAAGGAUGGGGUAAAGAAUUUCAUACGACGUGCGAGCAAACCUGAUGGACGACUGAUGGAAAUUGAUUUUUCGAACUUGGAUCUUGUGGAUGACAGUGUCCUUGAGCUGCUCUGUAGCAUUAAGAACCUUGAGAAACUGUAUUUGGGAGGGCUAUCGGAGGUCACGGACAAAGGAAUUCGAUAUGUGGUGGACAAUGCAAAGAGCUUACAAAACCUAACAGUUGAUGCGUGUGCAACAGUUUCAGAAAGCGUUAUACCAUAUGUAAAUAGCAAGAUCAAGCAUGUAAAUAUAACUAUAGAAGAAGAGGAUGAUGACGAUUAUUCUUAUUAUAGUGAAGUAUGA